AUGACUAAAGAUAGUACUCAAAAAGCCAAGGAUUUGACUCAUUUGUUAUCUCCAGAAGCCAAAUCGAGACAAAAUUCACCUUUGAAAGAUGCUUUCAAAUAUUUCAAAUUACCAAACAUGACAUUUUUGGGUGGAGGUUUACCAUUAUCUGACUACUUCCCAUUUGACAGAAUUAGUGCUGAUAUUCCGACUCCAUCUUUCCCAAAUGGAAUUGGAGCACCAUUGACCAAGGAAAGUAAAACCACUAUUGAAGUGUUUAAAAAAGCUGACAAGAACCAACCAAAUGAAAUUGAAUUGGCUAGAUCCUUGCAGUAUGGUUAUACCGAGGGUCAACCAGAAUUGACUACCUUUUUGAAAGAGCACACAGAAAUGAUCCACAAAGUUCCUUAUAAAGAUUGGGAUUUGGUUGCAUCUGUUGGAAACACAGAAUCAUGGGAUUCUACAUUGAGAACAUUUUGUACAAGAGGUGACUCAAUUUUGGUUGAAGAAUAUUCUUUUUCAUCAGCUUUGGAAACUGCCAAUGGUCAAGGUAUCAACACUGUUCCUGUUCCUAUGGAUGACUAUGGUAUCAUUCCAAGUGGCUUGGAAACUUUAUUAUCUCAUUGGAUUGGUAACAAGCCAAAGUUGUUGUAUACCAUCUCCACUGGACAAAACCCAACUGGAUCUUCUUUAAGUGCCGAGAGAAGAAAACAAAUUUACGAAAUUGCUUGUAAAUACGAUUUUAUCAUUAUUGAAGAUGAACCAUAUUACUUUUUGCAAAUGGAAACUUAUACCAAGGACAAAAAGGCAAGAGAAGGUAAAACUGUACACGAACAUGAAGAGUUCAUUAAGGCUUUGGUACCAUCGUUCAUUUCGUUGGAUACUGAAGGUAGAGUUAUCAGAUUGGACUCUUUUUCCAAAGUUUUGGCACCUGGUUUGAGAUUAGGAUGGAUUGUUGGACAAGAAAAGUUGUUGGAAAGAUAUGUCAGAUUGCAUGAAGUGUCUAUCCAAUGUCCUUCAGGUUUAACCCAGUCGAUGACUAAUGCGUUGUUGCAAAGCUGGGGACAAAAGGGGUACUUGGACUGGCUAAUUGGGUUGAGAGCAGAAUACACACACAAGAGAGAUGUUGCCAUUGAUGCAUUAGAAGAGUAUUGUCCUAAAGAAGUUACAUCUUAUGUUCCACCAGUUGCUGGUAUGUUUUUCACCGUCAAUAUUGAUGCCUCAAAACACCCCAAAUUUCAUGAAUUGGGAGAGGACCCAUUAAAGAUUGAAAACUUGAUUUAUGAACAGAGUAUUAAACAAGGCACGUUGAUGAUCCCCGGCUCAUGGUUUAAAUCUCAAGGUCAAUCAACUCCUCCACAAAAGAAUUUACCACAAAAUCCAGCCGCCAAAACCCAUAUUUUCUUUAGAGGUACUUAUGCUGCUGUUCCAUUGGAUCAAUUGGUUUUUGGGUUGCAAAAGUUCAGUAAGGCUUUGAAGAUUGAGUUUGGAUUAGAGUAG